GAUAAGCGGCCAGCAGCGCGGCGGCCGAACUUCAAGGCUGAGCACCAAAAGCACAAAAGCCUUUUGUCAUUUUUUAUUUAAUACAUGAGCGACGUUUUAAAAAGCCAACAGAAACGCCAACGAAUCUGGCCAACCUCCAAUAGCAGCCCGAGAAGGAGGGAUUUCCCACCUCGAAACUUUUGGGUUUCUUUAGGAUAGGAAACGAGGGGGUGGGCAGGAGUGUGUGUGUGGGGGGGAUAUAUGUUCAGCCUCUGAGUUAAGGAGAAUUUGCUGCUUCUGGGUCCUUGCGGUUAGUAGAAGGGGGCAGUCUUUUUGUGCAUUCCCUUCAUAGCGCGAUCCCUUGGAAAAAAAGAGGAUUCAUUACAUUUUUAUCCUAUUAUGCGAGAAAUGGGAAGUGCAUUUUCGGAAUGAAAAUGGCCAGAACAAUAAGAAGACGAAACCCUCAAGAACAGCUUGGAUCAACCACGUAAUAUAUUUAGGAUCAAAAUCCAUGGAAAGUUGUUUUUUUUCUUUUUCCUUUUUCCUUUUUUUCUUUUAAAAAAAAAAGAAUAUUCCUCAUGUACUUUAAGUCGUUGGAAAUGUACAGCUGCCUGAAGACAGAGGCGGAGCGGAAAUUGUAGUUUUACCAUCAAGUUUCGCAGAAAGAUUGGCUGGAAGUGCCGAACGCGGUGCGGUGGCUCUGCACCCCUGAGCGACGGCAGGAGCCCGCGGACGCGCAGGACGCCACAGGCCUGGGUGGGGCGCAUCAUGGCGGCCUGGCAGUGACCCAGGGCAGCAGCACCAACACAGACACAGUUCAGUUUGGCGAGGGGGAGGCAGUGAGAGAAGACGUGGGGGAAACACGGCACGCUCUAAAGUUCGAAAUGUUUCGGAAAAAAGCUUCGUCCUCCUUGAGAAUGAGAAGAAUAUCAGAAAGUAAUAGAUGGGGCAUCGACCGUGUCCGGAGUUCCUCAUUCCAUGAAGUGCGGGCCCUGCAUGAGCUCGACAUGAGAGCCGCGCCGGAGGAGACGUCCAGCAGCAGCAGUGGAGGCAGCAGCACCGUCCUGCAGCGCCUCUUACAGGAGCAGAUGCGCUAUGGCGAGGGCCGGAACUUUCUGGCCCUGCAGCAACAACAGCAGCAACAGCAGGGGGCAGCAGUGAGCGGUGGGGGGCCAGGAUAUUCGGGCGGGGGUGGCCCAGGUGAAGACCAUGCCACAGGCCCCCACAACGCCCGACAGGAGCCACAGGGUCAGGAACUGCAGGCCGACGGUGGUAUGGAGAAGCAGCUGGGUCCUCGUAGCAAUGGAGGAGGGAGCAUGGCCGGCGGGGGAGGUGGAGGCGGGAGUGGAGGAGGAGGCCAGGGCCCCAGCGCCGAAGAUCUGCCCACCUACGAGGAGGCCAAAGUACAGUCGCAGUACUUCCGCGGGCAGCCGCAACAGCAGCAGCUGCCACCUUCGGUGGGCGCAGCGUUCUAUGUGACGGGCGUGAGCAACUCCAAGGUGCGCACCGAGGGCCGCGCGGCGGUGCAGCGCGUGGGGGCUGGCCGGGUACACCAGGACGACGGGCUGAAGGACCUCAAGCAGGGCCACGUGCGCUCGCUGAGCGAGCGGCUCAUGCAGCUGUCGCUGGCCACCAGCGGCGUCAAGGCCCAUGCCCCCGUCACCAGCUCCCCACUCUCGCCACAGUCACCCCCACCCGGACCCCCGAGCGAUUACUACAAGCCCCCAGUACAGCACCGGGGUCCGCCGCCUGACUACCCCUUCAAGGGGGUGGCCUCCCCACCGAAGCAGCAGCAACCGCAGCCCCCGCAACAAGAGCCGGGACACUACUACUCCGACCACCGUGGCAGCCGUGCAGAAGUGCCACAGGUGCGCUACCAGCCCCCCCCAGAGUACGGGUCUUUCCGAUCGAGCAAGGAGGGCACGGGCCACUCCCAGCGGAUUACCCAUCAUCAUAGUCCCACCUCCUCUGUCACGUCCAUGGGCUCCCUGUCCCGCACGCAGUCCUCCACCUUCAGCAGCCUCCUGGCUUCCUCUCACCCCACCCCCAUAUCCCACCCCGUGGACGCGACGUUCCUCAUCGGUCCCCGGAGUCCAGCCUCACACCAGGGCGACUCUUUCGGCCAGGGACCCCCGCACCCCCCGCAGCACCGCGGCCACGGCGGCUUCCUGGCAGACCCUUACCACUCUGUCCCCAGGGGUCCGCCCCAGCACCAGCAGCAGCAGCCCCCCUACCAACAGCCCCAGCCGCCUCCUCCGCACCACCACCACCACCAGGCGCACUACGGCCACCCGCACGGCCUGCAGGGGGAGCCCUAUGCCAUGGUAGCGCGCGCGCAGCAGAUGGUAGAGAUGCUGUCGGAUGAGAACCGGCUCCUGAAGCAGGAAAUGGAGGUGUGCUGUGAGAAGGUCACCAAGCUACAGAAGCUGGAGACGGAGAUACAGCUGGUGUCUGAAGCCUACGAGAACCUGGCUAAGUCCUCCAGCAAGCGGGAAGCCCUGGAAAAGACCAUGAGGAACAAGUUGGAACUGGAGAUCCGCAGGCUACACGACUUCAACAGGGACCUCAGAGCAUCCGAAACGGCUAACAGAAAUCCAAGCGUUAAAAAAAAAAAAAGUACAGAGGAUGCGCGUGUUCCUGUUUCCAUGUGCGGUGUCCGUGUGCCUGCAGACAAGGAGACGUUGCGUGAGAAGGAGAAGCUGGAGAUGGAACUCAACGCCCUGCGCUCCACCAAUGAGGACCAGCGGAGGCACAUCGAGAUCCGCGACCAGGCCCUGAACAAUGCGCAGGCCAGGGUGGUCAAGCUAGAGGAGGAGCUGAAGAAGAAGCAGGUGUACGUGGAGAAGGUGGAGCGCAUGCAACAAGCCUUGGCGCAGCUGCAGGCUGCCUGCGAGAAGCGCGAGCAGCGGGAACACCGACUGCGCACACGGCUGGAGCGUGAACUGGAGGCUCUGCGGCUGCAGCAGCGGCAGGGCAGCUCUCAGGGCGGCGGCACCGCCGGGGGGGCCGAGUACAGCACGCCGGCUCUGAUGGAGCACCUCCGCGAGAAGGAGGAGCGGAUCCUGGCGCUGGAGGCCGACAUGACCAAGUGGGAGCAGAAGUACCUGGAGGAGAGCGUCAUGAGACAGUUCGCCAUGGACGCUGCCGCCACUGUCGCCACACAGAGGGACACAUCGGCUGGGAUCAGUCACUCCCCCACCAGCAGUUAUGACACCUCUGUGGAGGCACGGAUCCAGAAGGAGGAGGAGGAGAUUCUGAUGGCCAACCGCCGCUGCCUGGACAUGGAGAGCAGGAUCAAGAGCCUCCAUGCCCAGAUCAUCGAGAAGGACGCCAUGAUCAAGGUGUUGCACCAGCGCUCGCGUAAGGAUCCCGGCAAGUCGGAUGCGCCGUCGACCAUGCGGCCCUGCAAGUCGCUCAUGUCCAUCGCCAACGCGGGCAGCUCGGGGCUGCUGUCGCACUCGCUGGGCCUGAGCAGCAGCCCCAUCACAGAGGAGCGCAAGGACGACCGCAGCUGGAAGGGAAGCCUGGGGGUUCUGCUGGGCCCCGAGUUCCGCGCGGACUCCCUACGGGCCGAGUCCAUCUCCUCGUCGCCCUCACCCGUGUUCCCGUCCGCUCCCAUGGUGGCCGGACACUCCAAGACGGGCAGUCGGGACAGCUGUACCCAGACCGACAAAGGACAGGAGUCUGGAAAAGCUGCUGGUGCCGGCGCGGCCCCUGCCUCUGCCACUCUGCCCUCCACCUUGGCGCCGACCCGCAUCACCAGUCCAAGUCCAGUGUACAUCCCAGACCGCAUCGCAGAUGUUCCCGUGUUCCACAGCAGCACGCUGGAGCGGAGACAGCCUACACAGUCACUGCCACAACUCAUAACGCAGCCCGAGAUGGACAGCGAGGGGGGGGUGAUCCUGUGCACACUACACACUAACUAACAUCUCUCUAAGAAAAAAAAAAACUGUAAAAAGGUGAAGGAUCUCUUUCUUUUCAUCCUCUUGUAGUGGUAGCUGACAGACGUGUGUAAAUGCACUACUGCUUGUGAGUGAGAUUGUGUAGCAGAGACCCUGUACGCCCUUCGUACUUUUUGUCCCCUCCUGCGAUCCGUUAUUCUUCUGUACAGUAUUGCUGGGGUUACUUCUAACCCUCUGGACCAAACGUGUUUCUUACCCUUAAUCAUUUGUUGCACUAUUUUUGUUUUUUUUCUUUGCAUUUUUCCCCCCAGUUUGCUACCUUUUCUCCCCCCAGUCUGGCUAUUUAUGAGUAGCUUAUAUUUACAGAUUAAACUAGGCACUUGGGUAGCAAGCAAUAGCAUUUUAAACCUGUACAUAUUGUACUAUGAUACUGUAGGGCAGGUUGUUUUUUUUAGUUUCUUUUGUAAAAUCGGAAUGGGAUAGACUUGUCACUGCGAAGAGGAGAAGCACUGGAAAAGCAGUGUCCAGCUCCUGUCUGGAAACGAUCCUGUAACUGCGCUUGAACACUGAAGGGACCAGUGACCCCACUGGCCUGGGGUCACUCCGACCACGCUCGGGUACGAGCCGGGUGCAUCGAGCCCAGUCGGUGCCAAACCACACGGCCUCCCAAACGUCCCGCCCCAGUGCAGAUUGGAAAAGGGUUUUUGUUUUUCGGGGGGGGUCUGCUUCAGCCUGGACUUUCUUCGGUUAAACCACACACGUGUUUCCACCAAGAUGGCCGGUCCAACAUUUCACCGUGUCGCAUUCCCAGAGGGUCCCAGUUGCUCUGUGGAGCCCCCUACUCUCCCCAAGCCUGGGUGUCAUUUCCCAAACCGGAAUUCCGGGCUCAGGGCCACCCACCCCUCUGCCCAUUCCUUUCGCUGAUCUCCGAAAGCCUCCUGCAGAGGAAAGAUGUGGCCCUGGGGGUCUCUGUAGGGUAGCAAGGGAACACAACAGGGGCAGGUACCUACAUCGAGCAGUAUUAGCCAUGUCAGGCUAACCGGAUCGGCGAGACCGAUAGACCGCUGCAGAACAAUUCCGUCAAUCCAUCCAUCAUCCGACCGCUUGUCCUGGGGGGUUACAAGGAAAGUCAAAGGGAAGCCACUGCUGUCAGUUGUGACUGAUGGCAACCUCACCCCCCCCCCCACAAAUGCCUGAAGCUGGUUUGCAACCUUCCCAGCUACACGUGUGGAGUAUAAGGUGAUCUGUGAUGAGCACUCAGCACCUGCCAGGACACAUGCCUCAGUAUUGAUACACAUUCAGACACACAGAGCUAACCUGGAGCGCCGUGUGCCAGAGACUGGGCCCCCUAGUGGAAGUCUGCUGCUUUUCAGCCUACACCUGUCCAUCCUGUUUCACAUUUCUUUUUACAACUCAUUUGAAAUGCUCACAUUUCGCUUUAUUUUUUUAUCUGAUUUACUUUUGAAAGUCUUUUUUUUUUUUAAACAGGAAUAACACGAUCUUUUUGUUACUGUAGGAACAUGUGUUCCGGGGUAUUUUUGGUAGCAAAAAAAGUCACAGCAGCAAAACCUGACAGUAAGCAGCAGCGUCGUGUGUGUUUUUAUGAAAAGGGAAUUUCCGUGGGUUAUAUUUAGAAGACCGUCGCAGUAUCAGUUCAGCUUCUAAACAAUGUUGACACGCUUGCAGGAAAUCUGUUAACUAGCUGGAUGUCCGGACAAUAGCAGGAUUCAUGCUCUCGUACCCGUACCCAGCUCAGUGUAUCGGCUUGGCAAAUUUUUCAGCAGUUCCUCCGGAACGACUCACUGCCACGUCUCGUGGAGUCGUCCGAGUUUCAUCUCGCCAAAGGCUUUCCUGAUAAAAUUCGGCAUUUUUCAAAAAAAAAUUUUUUGCCAGUGUUACAUACCCAUCAAAACUUCGAAAUCUCAGCCUAACGCCCGCCGUUGUGACCUCUCUGUUUCCAUGCGGGAGACACAGAGGAUGUUUUUUGAAAAGCGGUUGAAAUCAACCGGAAUAAAAUUGAAUGUUUCUUUACAGAAACUGAUAAAACGUUGGUGUCCCAAUUGGGGAAGAUCAAUUUCAGCCUGCAUAUGGUCGCAAUGGGGAUUUAUGUGUGUGUGUAUUUUUUAAUAAAUUUCUUUGGGUUUCACUUCUUUUCCUUACGGUUUGUGCUCCUUUUGUAAAGUAGCAUUUCUGUGUUUUUCUACAAAGUCCACCACAGCGAUGCUGCUUCCUGCAAGUGUACAGUCACAGUCCAAAUCGAGCAGGUCGCACCGCAGUCUCUGUCUGUGGUUUGGGCUCCUGCACCUAAAACAAGCUUCAAAUUACUUAGUUUAAAUGUUUAACAUUAACUUAAAAAGUGUUUCUUUUCUUAAUUAAAGAAAAGCAGCAUGAAAA